AUCCAAGUCGUCUGCAUCCUGUCGCUGGCCCGGCCCGCACCCAAGCUCACACGGACGCCCUCUCCUCCGCCAGGAUGCCCAAGAGCCCCAUGAAGCCAAUCACCCACUACUUUGUUCGGAAGCCAAAGCCAGCCGAUGACCAAGGCGCGGAUGCUACGACAACCGAAGUCUCCUCUGGUCCUUUGAAAGCCGCCGACGGAUCCAAGGCCAUGAAGCAGACGACCCUAUUCUCCGCUCUCGGCAGCUCAACCGUUCCCGCCUCAGUCCCGUCGUUACCGUCGGCAACGAGAUCCCGCAACCAUGUCGACGAAGUCACAUCGAUUGCGGUCGAGACCCCAUCGGCCGAACGCUCAGAGUCUUCGCCAAGCAUACAUGAGUUCAUCAACUUCCCUUCGCGAAAGAAGCGGGCGGCUCCCAGGCACAAAGAAUCGGAUAUCGUUUCCAUAUCAAGUAGCUCCGAGCUAUCGGAUCUCUCGGACCUGUCGGAUCUGUCGAGCGUAUCUGAGCUGGAAACCUGGCCAGAGGGUACCAAGCACAACAGGCCCAAGCGGCAGCGACGAACUGAUUCAUCACCAACAACCCGGUCAGCGCGGCUGAGGCGAUCAGACGAGCCCAGUCGCCCAAGCCAGGGCGUUGGCAAACCCGUUGACUCAGCUGCGAAUGUGCCUGAAUUGCAGACACAUGAUCAUCGGCAUGGUGAUCACACUGAUCCCCAGAGCGGCCCCGAUACAUCGUCCAUGGAUCCGACCGCACCAACAGAGACAAGGCUCGAUGCAGCGCAGAUCGACUCGCCAUUCAGCCCAACACUUGCGCCCGACUCGGAGGAUGAGCUCCUAUCCUCAGCCAUAAGCAAAACUGGAGGCAGCCGAUCGACAGCAAACCGUGCGUCCUCGUCAGCCCCCUCAAAACAGCGCUCCUCGCGAAGGGACCCAGACACCAGCUUUGGAUCGAUCAUAAGCUCAGAAUCAGACGGCUCUUCCGACAGCGAUUUCGAGGACUUUCCCUCUGUUCCAAAGACGCCGGGACCUGAAUCCGAGACAGUGGAGGAGUAUUCACAUCGGUCCUCAAAGAGCCGCCGCGCAAAGAGGAACGUCAAUUAUGUGUUUUCUCCGCGAGAGUUUCUCAAGAGCGGUCGAGGCUAUCGACUCCCGGUCAGCACAAUGCCUGUCGAGACACCUCGGGUUCGGAAACGAGCAGAAUUCCAGCUGGACGCUUUGCUCAGAGACGGCAUCAAGCGCCUCAAAUCAAAGGAGCUCCAUGACACCGUCGCUAAGCUGAUGGAGGAUGACCGCUCCGACGAAGAUACCAAGCCCGCCUCGGAAGAAGCGAGCUACAACCUGUUCCUGAGCGACGAUCAAGCAAAUAUGUACAAGGAGUUUGCCCAGAAGAAUGCCUCGCUGCAAACUCCGGUAGCACAUCAACUCCAUGUAUUUCAUCGCGUUGCCAAGUCAGCCGACGAGAAGCACUACUAUCAAAGCCUUGUCAAUGAGAUUGAGCUGCCGUCGGAAGUCCUGUUGAAGCGCAUCAAAGUGUCGCAAGAGCACCGAGAGGUUCUUCUCUCAAGCCGGCUGCUCCAUAUGCAUCCGUCAAGACACCUGCUGGUAGAGUGGCUGUAUAAAGAAGCGUGCUUCUCUGUCGAUCGCCAUUCGGAAGCGCAAGAGAGUUUGCUCCAGAUCGUGCGAUCGCAUGCGGUUUCGAAGAUGAAACAUGAAAUCGGAGUCGAGGACUUCAAAGAUGUGGUGCAAAAGCUUGGGUUCCCUGAUUUGAUUGUCGACGCCAUCGAGACGAGCGAGUACGACGAUGGAGACUCUGUAUGGAACAGCCGCAAGUUUGAACCCGCAGCCCGAGCCGGGACUGGAGACGAGGCUGGCCAGAGCGAGCCAGACGAUAAAAAGGCGGACGUCAUCAGCGACUUCACAGCAAGAGCAAUGUAUCGAUCGGUGUUUUUGUUUGCCGAGAUUCACCGAUACUCGGACACCGCAUUCAAACUCGAAGAGAUCCUCGAAAUCACCCUGAUAUUGGCAGUAAUGUCAUUGGACAGCCGGACAAGCAGGCUCUACGGGGUGUGCCGGACAGCUCUGGAGGUCUUUGUCCAAAAGCUGAGCCACGACGACUGGAUCGGCUGGGCACAAUCAUUUGGAAAUGCAGUCGCAAGGCUGCUUGGCUCCAACUGCUUCCACCAGUUGGCGAUGUUGGAGAGACUCUUUAGUGGAUCCAGCCACAAACGGGUCAAGUUUAUGGGCCAGCGACUGGCUGCCUGGUUUGUCUGCACUCGUAGCGAGCUUGGACCUCAAGAAGCCGCGCAGCCCCAGUCACAGUUUGAGCUGUGGGAAUCGCUGAGUCUGCAGCGGAUCCUUGAGGCGCUCCAGAACGACUCGCUCUACCGGUGGAAUCCGGGCGCCGACUUUGACCAGAUCCGCGCCAUGGUGCGGGUGCUGCAGGUGGCUGUCGGCGGGAUUGCCUGCGUCAAGGCAGAGAAGGAAACCUCUCGGCAAAUAUCGGUGUUUCUGCGAGCCUUCCACGACAAGAUCAUCGACGCCAGGGCAGAGUUCCUGGACAGAACCAAGGCCAAACACGUCCUGCUUUCGCUGUCGCUCUGGAUGCAGUAUGCCUGCGGCGUCGAGAAAAUCGAAGGCUAUCGCCAAACCGUGCUGGAUCCUGGGUCAUGGACGAAGGCCGACACCGAAAUGACCGUGGCCGUGGAAAUUGAAAGCUAGACCGCGAUCCAGACCGUGCAGGGCCUGAAAAAUGGAAGCCAAUGUGCCCGGAUGAUGUGCAAAUGCACAAGCCCGUCUCGCAAUGGCAAACCGAGACAGCCAUCGUUCAUCCGGCUGGGCCACGGAUGCGCCACCAAGCACUCGCCGAGCAGUGUCCAGUUUUCGUUUCGUGAGCGCUGUAGUAUUAUCGCUGUUCGCACAUGAUGAUC